UGGGUCGCUCAGAAAGGUUGCUUUCCGGCCGGAAAGGGAGCCGACCGCGAGCCCCCUGUGAUCCCAAUUAAGCGCCUAACCGCGACGCCCCCAAAACGGCAAGCUCCCUCCCGAACCGCCGUCCGCCCCCCUUCGCCGCCGCGAUGCCGCCCACCCCGCCGGAGCCGGAGACGGAGCCGGAGUUCGCCGAGGUCGACCCCACCGGCCGCUACGGGCGGUACACGGAGGUUCUUGGCAAGGGAGCCUUCAAGACGGUAUACAAGGCUUUCGAUCAACUUGAAGGGCUAGAAGUUGCUUGGAAUCAGAUCAAAGUGGGCGAUUUACUUAGAAACAAUGAUGAUUUGGAGAGGUUGAGAUCAGAAGUGCGGUUGCUGAAGACCCUCAAGCAUAAAAACAUAAUAAAGUUCUACAAUUCAUGGCUUGAUAGAAAAAACAACAAUAUAAAUUUCAUCACAGAGGUCUUCACAUCAGGGACAUUGCGCCAGUACCGCAUUAAGCACAAGAAGGUAGAUAUUAGAGCUUUAAAGAAAUGGUCAAGGCAAAUAUUGAGUGGUCUUGUCUACCUGCACAGCCACGACCCACCAGUAAUCCAUAGAGACUUAAAAUGCGAUAAUAUAUUUGUAAACGGAAACCAGGGUGAGGUAAAGAUUGGAGACCUUGGUUUAGCAACUAUCCUGGAUAAUGCACGUUCAGCUCAUAGUAUUAUUGGUAAGGAGUUCAUUUGUUUAAAAUAUUCUAAGUUUUUCAUCAGGCAUUUAGAUAUUCUCAUGUGGACUCUAUUAUUCGUAGGUACACCGGAAUUCAUGGCACCGGAACUCUAUGACGAGGAAUAUAAUGAACUUGUAGAUAUUUAUGCAUUUGGGAUGUGUUUACUGGAGCUUGUUACAUUUGAAUACCCAUAUUGUGAAUGUUCUAAUGCGGCGCAGAUAUAUAAGAAAGUUUCUGAUGGUGAAAAGCCUAGUUCGUUGACUAAGAUUGAUGAUCCUGAAGUGAAAUUAUUUAUAGAGAAGUGCAUUGCCAAAGCCCCUGAAAGACUCUCAGCAAAAGAACUAUUAAUGGAUCCUUUUCUCUUAGAUGUUAGUGAUGAAAAAAUAUUCUAUCCGCUGCAUUCAAAUAAUGCAUCAGAUACUGCUGGCAGUCCAAACCCAAGCACAAGCUACAGAUAUGACAGAGUAGCAUCAUCUGUGGGCCGCCAUGAUCACACAGGUAGUAUAUCAGAUUCACAUCCUACCGACAACUAUGCACAUGACACCAUGGAUCCACAUGCUGCAAUUGGUCGAAGUAUCACAGUUGAGAGUCAACGGAAGGAUUUGAAUACAAUAUUUUUGAAGCUGCGUAUUGCUGAUUCAACAGGUCAUGCCCAAAACAUCCACUUCCCUUUUGAUAUUGAAGCUGACACUUCAAUCAGUGUUGCAACCGAGAUGGUCGUGCAGCUGGAUCUAACAGACCAAGAUGUAACAGCAAUUGCAGAAAUGAUAGAUGCUGAGAUACGUGCGCAUAUUCCUGAUUGGGCAGUAGAGGAGUCAGUUGACAACCAAGGGGAUGAAGGUGCUCAUUCUGAGACCCAUAGUUCAGAAGGUGACGAGGGAACUUCUGAAUUGCAUAAUGAACUUGAUGCCUCACACAAUGGCUUUGUUCAAGAACAGCUUCCUUCUGGAAAGAAGUACUGGUCAGACUCACCCAGGAGAGAUGGGGAAAUAUCUCACUCGAUGGUUGUGGAGCCUCAAAUUGGUGAUAAUAUUGCUAAUGGAAUACCAAAGAGGAAUGAUUUGGAUGACAUUGUGAGUGGAAAAGGUAAGGAGGACCAAUCCUUUGGCUCUUCCAUCCACCCUGUGGAAGGUAUCUUUGAGCGAAUAUCGUCAUCUGUGGACUUGUCCAACUCAUCUGUGGUCGGCAACAUUUCUAUAGGAGCUUCUGUCGGUAGCAGCCCUCGCUCUUUAGAUGACGAGCGAGAGCACAAUUGUGGUCAGCAUCUGGUAGGAGAUGUCACUGAGAGGUUAAUAAACUUAUUGGCUCAGCAGGAAAAGGAGCUCAGUGCGCUGCAAAGGAAGCAUAAGGCAGAUAUAGAUGACAUGUUGAAAAGUUUACCUGCAAAGGAUCGUGAAGAAAUCUUAACUAGGUGCCGCUUGAAGAUGGAUGAGAAAAUCAGAGGUGACAAACUUUAGCUAAACUGUUUCCUGUGCAGCUUUUCUGAGUCUUGGUAGAUUUAUACAUACUCACGCCAAGGAUUUGUUUGCAAUUGUUGUUGUGCAAAAGCGGAUCUCUGUUGUGCAGAGGGUAGUCUUUUUCAUUGUUCUUUUUGAUAUAAUGGAGAAGCUGGAAGUGCUUGUCUGUAGGUCUUUCGCUGACCAAGCACUGAAUAGUAACCAAACUGUGUGGAGGUUUUUGAAGGCAAGAUGAAGUUUCUGCUCACCAAAGAAAUAUGCAGACACCACUAUGCCGCUGUGUGCCUGAAUUGUUCAUAAGGAGUGCCUCCCUUUUUUUUCCCUUUGUUUUUACUUUUGUAUUUUGACCUGCCAAGGAUAUACAUGAGUGUUUGAGCUGUUCCAUACUUGUAAUGACAAACUUAAAGUCAAUUAUUUUAUGGAUCACAUGGUUCCCCAAAUUCUUAGAGCUGUA